GUGCGCCGUAUCCGGAGGGGUGGCCGCCAUUGUGCUUCGUCGCCGACUGCUCUGCUGUCCCCGUGGCCUGAGACCGAGAGCACCGGGAGAGGAGGAGGAGGAGGAGGCCCUGUGGCUGCGGUGAGCCCCACGCUCCCUGCGGUGUGCCAGCUGGAAGAGGGAAACCUUGAGCAUGGAGUCUAAACCUUCCAGGAUUCCAAGAAGAAUUUCUGUUCAACCCUCUGGCUCUUUAAGUUCUAGGAUGGUGUCUGGAAACAGAGGAGCUAGUUUAAAUGAUCCCUAUCACUCAAGAGACUCUUCCUUUAGACUGGAUUCUGAAUAUCAGUCUGCAUCAGCAUCUGCAUCACCAUUUCAGUCUACAUGGUAUAGUGAAUCUGAGAUAACUCAGGGAGCACGAUCGAGAGUACAGAAUCCACAACGGGAUCAUGAUUCAAAAAGACCUAAACUUUCUUGUGCAAACUGUACAUCUGCCUCAGCUGGGAGAAAUACUGGAGGUGGCUUAAAUACAGUGUCAGAUUCUUCUUGGAGGCAUAGUCAAGUUCCCAGAUCUUCAUCAAUGGUACUUGGUUCAUUUGGAACAGACCUGAUUAGAGAAAGGAGAGAUUUGGAGAGGAGAACAGAUUCCUCCAUUAGCAAUCUUAUGGAUUAUAAUCACCGAAGUGGUGAUUUCACAACUUCAUCAUAUGUUCAAGAAAGAGUUCCUUCUUCAUAUUCACAGGGAGCAAGACCAAAAGAGAAUUCAGUGAGCAAUUUACAGUUGAAUUCAUCAUCUACCAAUCACCAAUUGCCUUCUGAACAUCAAACAAUAUCAAGUUCUAGGGACUCUAGCAGAAAUUCUUUCAGAUCACAUUUUUCUCCAAGACAAUCAGAAUCUUUUCGAAAUGCUUCACAUCCCACAUUUUCAUAUCUUUCAAGUAGAGAUGAAACCCCAGUUAUAAGCAAUUCAGAAAGGGUUAGUUCAUCUCGGAGACCAUUUCAAGAAUCUUCUGACAAUGAAGGUAGGCGUACUACUAGAAGAUUGCUGUCACGGAUAGCUUCUAGCAUGUCAUCAACUUUUUUUUCACGAAGAUCUGGUCAAGAUUCCUUGAAUACAAGAUCAUUGAGUUCUGAUAAUUAUAUUUCUCCAAGAACCUUGACUUCACAGUCUCGGAGUAAUGGAGCUUCGUCUUCUGAAGUCAGUGAUAGCAGGACAUCUGAAGCUUCUCAGGGAUUUAGAUUCCUUAGGCGAAGGUGGGGUUUGUCAUCUCUUAGCCAAAAUCAUAGCUCUGAACCAGAUGCGGAAAAUUUUAAUCAAGAAUCAGAAGGUAGAAGUACAGGACCGUGGUUGUCUUCCUCCCUUAGAAAUAGAUGCACGCCUUUGUUCUCUAGGAGGAGGCGAGAGGGAAGAGAAGAAUCUUCAAGGAUAUCUGUGUCAGAUGUCCCACCUAGAUCUCAUCUUUUUAGAAGAGAAUCAAAUGAAGUGGUUCACCUUGAAGCACCGAGUGAUCCCCUUGGGGCUGCUGCCAACAGACCACAAGCAUCUGGAGCAGCAAGCAGUGUUUCUGCAGGUGGCCCCACACCAGAUUUGCCUCAGGGUGGAAGAAGUACAGGACUAGCAGGGAUUCUUCCUGGUUCCCUAUUCCGGUUUGCAGUCCCACCAACACUGGGAAGCAGUCUGACCGACAAUGUCAUGAUUACUGUAGAUAUUAUUCCUUCAGGCUGGAACGCAGCUGAUGGGAAAAGUGAUAAAGCUAAAAGUGCACCUUCAAGAGACCCAGAGAAACUGCAAAAAAUAAAAGAAAGCCUCCUUUUAGAGGACUCUGAAGAAGAAGAAGGAGACUUAUGUAGAAUUUGUCAAAUGGCAGCUGCAUCGUCAUCUAAUUUACUGAUAGAGCCAUGCAAAUGCACAGGGAGUCUGCAGUAUGUCCAUCAAGAGUGUAUGAAAAAGUGGUUACAGGCCAAAAUUAAUUCUGGUUCUUCCUUAGAAGCUGUAACCACCUGUGAACUCUGUAAAGAGAAGUUGCAACUUAACCUGGAGGAUUUUGAUAUUCAUGAACUACAUAGAGCUCAUGCAAAUGAACAAGCUGAGUAUGAGUUUAUCAGCUCUGGUCUCUACCUCGUUGUCUUACUGCACUUGUGUGAGCAAAGCUUUUCUGAUAUGAUGGGAAAUACAAUUGAACCAAGCACUCGUGUUCGAUUUAUUAACCUUGCAAGAACUCUUCAGGCACAUAUGGAAGAUCUCGAAACGGUAAUAAGCCAGAUUCUACUCAGCUUCAGAGGAUGAGUCUGAAGAAGAUGGAGACCAUACCAGAACAUUUGAUAUUGCCUAACUUCAUUUAAGACAAAUGGAUGCUCCUUAAACAUGUUUAUUAAUAGUGGCAAUUAAGUAUGAAUAAUUUUGUGGGGGAAUGUCUAUUAGAAAUAUUGACUAUAUAUAAAAUGAAUAUAUAUACAUACAUGUAUAAAUGUAAAUAUAUAUUCAUUCUCAAGUGUUGCUGAAUUGAAAUUCUUCAGCUGGACUUUUUAACAUUGGCCAGCAAAUCUCAUGUUUAUAAUAUGUAAUCAGAAGCAUUGUUUUCUUUUAGGUGAAUGGUAAAGCAUCUCCCUUCCUUUUAAUAUCUAAGCAAUGCUCAUCAACUUUUUCUCUGUGUUACAAUUACUGUAGUCAUAUUUAUGGGGGAAAAUGUUUGUGUAUUAGUCUCUUGCUAGUGAGAAAACUCAGAUAAAAUGUACUUUUGAAAUAAAAUGCCAAUGGCACCUAAUUAGUUUUCCUUUUUAAAUGCCUUAAGUUACAGCCACAUUUUGAUAAUCAUUUUCUUCCAGUGUUUAAUUUUUUUUAAAGAACAGGAAGUUUGAAGAGCAUAAUUAUAUUAGGUUUCCAAAUUUAAUUUGAAUUCUAAAUUCACUUAGCAAUAAAAUCUAAUUUUUAAGAAAAAAGUAUGUAAAAGAUAUAGAAAUGAUGGAUAACUUUUAUAUUGAUUUGCAAAAAUGCAGAUUAUAUUUGAUAGGCCAUGGUAUGUAGGUAUUCCUUUCAGGAAUAUUACAGCUGUAAAUUAUAUCAGAAUUGCCAGUCAAAUGAUAUUUGGUUAAAAAUUAAUGAAAAUCUCAAGUUAACAGAAUAUUUUUUUAAAGCCCACAUUCAAAGUUUAAAACACUGGUUUUCACUGUGUUUGUAGUGUUGUCACCUCUUUAUAGAGGAAUAGAAUAUAUAGAACCUGUUUGGGUCCUUGGUAAUUCUGAGCAUUUCUUUGAUGAUUGUUAAUAUUUUUCACGACCUUUGCAAAAACAGAUGAAUUACUUAUUCAACAUGAAUGAGUUUGCACUGUGGUCAUGGUCAUAUAAACUUCCAUAACAGUUUCCACUGUCAGCACCCUUAGGAUACACAUUUAUACUUUCUGGUGGUUUCAGAUUAGUCCAGUGUUGUGGCGACAACUUUUUCAACAUCUAAAUAGAAACCAUGUAAUUUCUCAAAUGUGAAUGAGCAGUUUGUCUACGCUUAGUUUGUUGGUAUUAAUGUAAAACCUUGGCUUGAAAUAAAGUGAUACUGAUUGA